ACGUCAAAGUCAGUGUCAUAUUUUUAAUUUGACGUCUACAUCUGCAAAUCAAAAAUCAAAAUAAAAAUAAUCAAUUGAAUUCAAUAAGUUGUAUUUUGUUAGAAUAAUUGUGGCUUGUGUGUUCGAUUUAAUUAAUAAUAUAAAUUCGUAACACCUUACCAUAAUUAGUAUGUAAUAAAAUGAGUGAACAUAUGGAGGGGCAAUCCGGUUACAGUUUACAUGAAAAAAUGGCCAGAACUAAUGACAAAUUAUGUAUUACUUGUCUUAAAAAAAACACACCAUUGGUGAACUUGGGCUCUUGUGAGCAUGCAGAUAUACUGGUUAACUUAUUGGAAAUAAAGAUGUUCCAACUGAACAAUGUAAUAUGCCACUGGUGCCAUAACAUACUGAAGAAAAUUAAUGAUUUCAAAUUGCAAGCAAUGGAUAGCUACACUGUACUGAACAAUGGGUUAAGGGACACUGCAAACAACUACCCACAAAAUUUAGAACUUUCAAAAAUAGAACUGCAAUCAACCAUCAACUCGCAGCCAAUAGAAUUUAAGACCACAGACCAUACAGUCAAGAAAGAAAUCAUUGAAUUCGGACACAAAAUUGAAAUAAAAAUUGAGCCACUCAAUUUUUCUGAACAAGAAAGCUAUUUGCCAUUAGUGGAGAUCGCUAAAAAAAUUAAAUCUAAUAAAAAUUCUCAUUUAGUUGGCAACAUUGUUACACAGAGUAAUGCAACAACAGAUCUAUCAGCACAGAAAAAACAGCCACAGAGUAUUGUGAAAACAGAUAGAUUGCAGAUUAAAAAGCAACAGCCACAGAGUAGUGUGAAAACGGAUAAAUCACAGAGUAAAAAACAAAGGCAGGGUAAGAAAAAAACAGAGAAAUCAACAAAGCCACAGAUGAAAAAGCCCAGAGAGGUGAAUGGGAUGUGUUAUGAUGACAAAAUUACGAUCAUAGUUUUGUCUGAAAAAGAAAUGUUGGAUGAACGGAAAAUGGACGGUCUUACUAGAAGAUAUCUAAAACUACCCUACAAAUGUGAGAAAUGUAUCACAUCUUUCAAUCAUGAAUUGAUGUUGGAUGAACAUAAUGAGAAAAAACAUAAAAAGGCAAAAGGAAGUUUUGUGUGCAACAUCUGCGAAUCUGUUUUCAACAAAAAGUUAUCAUUCGAAGAACAUUACAAACGACAUUAUAGGAGAUACGAAUGCAUAGAGUGCAAACGGAGAUUUAACAAUGUAUUCCCAGCACUGAAACACUACAAGGAAUCGCAUGGCAAUGUCGAUAUGAACUUUAAAUGUAAAUUAUGUGAUUUUACUACAGAAUCCUACCGAAGUCUACGAUACCAUAGAGACAAACACCUCAGAGACAAAGUAGAGUGCGAGCAAUGUGGCAACACCUUUGUGGAUGCUAAUGGUCUACGCGUGCAUAUGUUAAACGUCCACAAGCUAUCCAACCGCAUCUACUCGUGCGAUCCGUGCGGCAAAGUGUACAACAACAUUCAGAGUCUCAACGCACACAUCAGACUAACGCACAAACAAACUAGCGCCCCCUACUGCGUCACUUGCGACCUGAGCUUUCGUACCGAGGCGGGGCUAAAACACCAUCUAAAGCACACAGCUGCACACGUCUCCGAAGACGCCAAGAAGUUUUCAUGUACAGAAUGUGAUACAAAGUUCACAACGAAGCGACAACUGCAGGAACACGUGGACUGGGUACAUCGCAACUGUACGACUCACACGUGCAGCAAAUGUUCUAAGAUAUUCAAGAACGAAAAGAACAUGAAACGUCAUAUAUUGUUUGUCCAUGACAAGGUGCGACCGCCACGAAACAAAAUAUGCGACCACUGCGGUAGAGGAUUUACUUCCACUCAAACCCUGAUCUCUCACAUCCGCACGCACACCGGCGAGAGACCAUUUAAUUGCACACACUGCGCCGCCACCUUCGCACACAGCGCCGCGCUCUACACGCACAACAAGCUGUUACACAAGCGGUAGCUGGUAAUGGAACCUUAGCUGAAAGAUAACAAAUGAAACUUCGCUGGAAACUGUCAAAAUGUUGAUAAAAGAUGACCUCUGAACUUCGCUGUAACCUGUCAAAAUUUACCUAAAAUAUGGCAUCUAAAACUUUGUGGGAACAACAACUUAGCUAAAAAAUUACCUCGGGAAAUUUACUGGAACCUUACACAACUUAGCUAAAAGAUGACCGCGUUAACUUCGCUGGAACCUAACACAACUUAGCUAAAAGAUGACCUCGGGAACAUCGCUGGAACCUGACUCAACUUAGCUAAAAGAUGACUUCGCUGGAACGUGACAGAAUUUAACUAACAGAUGGCACCUAGAACUUUGUGGAAACCAGUCACAAUUUAAGAAAAAAAUGUCAAAUGAAACAUCGCUGGAACCUGUCAAAAUUUUGCUAAAAUAUGACAAAUGACACUUCGCUGUAACCUGACACAACUUAGCUAAAAUAUGACCUUUGAAAAUUCGCUGGAAUCUAUCAUAACUUAACUAAAAAUGACAAAUGAAACUUCUCUGGAACCUGUCACAACUUAAAUAAAGGAUUACUCCCGGAAACUCUCACAGCUUAGCUAAAAUAUGACACCCAAAACGUUGUGGGAUCCUGUAUCAGAUUAGCUAAAAGAUGACCUCGGGAAAUUCGCUGAAAGCUGCCAUUACUUAAAUAAAAGAUCACUCCCGGAACAUUGCUGGAGCCUCUUACAGCAUAUCUAAAAUAUGACACCUAGAACUAAUUUACUGUAGCCUGCCAUAAUUUAGCUAAAGAUGGCAAACGACACUUCGCUGGAACCUGACACAGAUUUAGCUAAAAGAUGGCCUCUAGAACUUAGCUGGAAUCUGUCUAUAUUUAGCUAAAAUAUGGCACCUAAAACUUUGAGGCAACUUGUUACAACUUUGAGGCACCUCAUACACGUGUCAUAAUAAACAGUGGGGAUUUAACUUUAGAUUGGGACGAAUUAUUCGAGAGGGAAGCUACAAAACAACAAGCAUUAACUGCCUGUCUUGUAUACGCCAGUAUCUUUAUUCCGGCAAUGGUCGUCAUGUAUCACAGGACAUUCUCGGCCCGGAACAUAUUGAAGCUUGUAUCUGCGCAAACCAUUCGUGUGGAAUAGGCGGCCUCAAUAAAUGGACGGCGCUAAACUACGAGAUUGAUUGUGCCGAAAGGGGAGAUUCAAUACUUCGAGAUGAAGGCUCAGCAAUACAAGAAAAUGAGUCAGGAUUGGUGGAUGCAGCUAGUGAAACCGAUGAGCAUAAGAUACGAAAACGACUUUUGGAACGGAAAUAAAGUAUCACGCAAAAACGGGAAAAUUUUACAUGGACGGCAAAACGAUAAUAACUCAAAUGUCGGUAGAAAAAAAUUGGUUGCCUGUAAAGUCGGUAUACGGGCGAAAGUUUUACGUGACAACGACUUUGAGUGGUAAAAUAAUUUUAAUGUGAAUAUUCAUAAUUUGAACCGGCGUGUAUGCCUAUCUCUCUCACUCUCUCUCUCUCGCUCUGUCUGUCUCGCUCUUAGGCGGGCUAACUGUGCUCGAGUGGAAGGGACGCGUGCCUUUCACUUUUUAUGUCUGUCUCUCUCGCUCUUAGGCUAACCAUGCCCGAGUGGAAGGGACGCGUGCCUCUCACUCGCUCUCAUUGUGAGCGCAUAACGUGAGCGGAGCGUAACGCAGUUUCUUGAAGUGUCACCCGGCAAUCCAAUUUAUAAGACGUUGUCACGUCAAAAUAGCACUGCUUAUGCCCGAAAUGCAGAUAUCAUUUUACUUCUGUGCGAAAAUAGUGCUUUCACAGUAUCCGAAGCUAUGGAAAUGCUUGCAAGAUCGCCUGAAGGCAUUGAAUUUAUAUGCAGCAAACAAUACACGGAAAGGAUCAAAAACUGUAUACACAUUGCAAGAAUUUUGGUAUUUCAAGAACCGUUAAAACAGCUAUUUGAACGUGCAAAGGCAAAGUUUCACAGCCAGAAAUGAUGACGGACGAGUUUCAGGAUAAUUCAUAUAAAACUUUAAUUAAUAUUUUUUAGAAUAACGGACUAGAUAUUGCACACUUUGCGAAAAUUACAUUUAUGCAUUUGCAAGGAAAGACGGGAAAGAAUAAUAACUUGUUCUUUUUCGGAGUUCCAUCAACGGGAAAAACAAUGAUUUGGCGGCCGCGUGGCGCAGUGGGUAGUGACCCUGCUUUCUGCAUCCACGGCCGUGGGUUCGAUUCCCACAACUGGAAAAUAUUUGUGUGAUGAACAUGGGUUUUUUCCAGUGAUGUGUGUAUUUAUACAUUAUAUAAGUAUUUAUAUGUAGUAUAUAAUUGUAUAUUAAUAUUAUAAUAUCAACUAUCUUGGCACCCAUAACACAAGCUACUCUGUAUGCUUACUUUGGGGCUAGAUAGUGAUGUGUAUCGUUUAAGUAUAUUUAUUUAUUUAAAAAAAUGAUCAUGUCAUCAUUAAUAGGAUGUCAGUUUAACUUUUGUAGAUUGACAGGCUUGACUCCAAAUUCAAGUUUUAACUUUAGUAACCUGUUACACAGCAUCGCUUGCUUUAUGGAUGAAUGUAAGAUGUAUGUAAUUCACAUUUCUGGGAGUGAAAUCAGAGCUAAGAACAUGUCGUGCUCUUACUCUGUGUAUGCCUUUCCAUAGGAGUAAAUUUUACAAGUGUUCAUUUGUUGUACGUGCUAUUAAGCUAUGGAAUGCACUCCCAGUCGACAUUCGGAAAUCCAAAUCCCUUGAUAUGUUUAAAAAUCCGUUAAGACAUAUUAUCUUAGUCACUAGUUACAUAUUUUAUUUUAUUAGAAUAUUUAUCAUACGACAUAAUGAUAUAUUAUAUAUAUUAGUUUAUUUUAUGAUAUUUAUAAUUAUUGUAUAAUUUGUGUAUUAUGGUUUAUGUAUUAGUGUGUAGUUAUUUGUAUGUAUGUAUAUGUACAUUAUUAUUACGUACACACCACCUACAGUUGUCCUAAUAAGUUCCUAAGCCUAAGGUUGCCUGGAAGAGAUCGCUACUAAGCGAUAAGGCCGCCUUUUGUAUUCUACUUUUUCUUAUGUUUCUGUUUUGCUUGUUUUCUUUUAUUUUUUGUGGUGUACAAAUAAAUAGUAUUAAAUAAAAUAAAUAAAUAAGUUGUCAGAAAAUCAAUUUGAGCAAUGGAAGUUGUUGGCCAAUCGAGUCGAAUGCCGAUGUCGACGGACGUGAAAUACGAGGAUCGUUGUGACAUUAAAAAGUGUAUUCUGUAUACGAGUAGCAAUUAUCCAAUCGAAAUGUAUUGUGAGCCUUCAUUGCACAAAAAAAGUGUAUUCGUGCGAUAUUUGGAUGUCUCCCUACUGAUUCAUGUAGGCCUCUAUUUAAAAAAAUGGAAGUUUUAACUCUGCCUUGCCUGUAUAUAUUUCAAUUAGCGCUUGUUAAAUCUAAUAUGAAUCUGUUUGUUGAAAGGCACAGGACCAAAGCAAUAGAAACUUAAGACAUCCCCAAAAAUUAGUCUUGGGCAGAUUUCCAGAAAAAUUUGAAGAAGAAAUUCAAAAGGCGGACGAAGAUUUCAUCGAAGAGGUACAAGAACACGCACCGGAGAUCACUUACGACGGAGUAGCAAAGUGGUUGGCGAUAGGAGGAAUCGGGACAAAGCUGGUAUUGGAAAAAUACGUCGGAGUGAUUUAUCCACGAAUAAGCGAACAAGACAAGGACGGCAGCAUGGAAGUACCGGGAAAUUUAAAUUCGGUUAUUGGCGGAGGAGUUCAAAACAGCAGGCACAUCAUUUUGAAUUUAAAAAAAAAAUUACAUUUGCAUUAACUUCAACAAAGGCAGACUAUACAAAAUCAUUGUCUGAAUUGACUUACAAUACUUACAUACACAGUUUACCGUGGCAAAAUAUAUUUUUUUAUUUAACGGAAAAGGAGUACGAAGAUAUGACAAAGGUAUUCCACACAGCGUCGGUUAAAAAGGUGGGAGUAAAGAUUACAAAUUUGGGAAACCGAACUCCGUUUUUGACAGCAACGAGCGCGGUCAACUACGCAAACGCAAACUCACAGACGACGAUAGGCAUUUGGGAAAAUAUGGAAAAAUUGGCACCGGUGCAAAUGGGGAACUCCAUCACGCCAGACACGCGAUACGGCACCUAAAACUUUGAGGCAACUUGUUACAACUUAGCACAAAAAUUAACUCCACACAGCACAAAGCGCCGCGCUCUACACGCACAACAAGCUGUUACACAAGCGGUAGCUGCUACCUGGAACCUUAGCUGAAAGAUAACAAAUGAAACUUCGCUGGUAACUGUCAAAAUGUUGCUAAAAGAUGACCUCUAGAACUUCGCUGGAAUUUGUCAAAUGUUACCUAAGAUAUGGCACCUAUAACUUUGUGGGAACCUGACACAACUUAGCUAAAAGAUGACCUCUAGAACUUCGCUGGAACCUGUCAAAAUUUACAAACUUUGUGGGAACAACAACUUAGCUAAAAAAUAAACCUCGGGAAAUUUACUGGAACCUGACACAACUUAGCUAAAAGAUGACCGCGCUAACUUCGCUGGAACCUAACACAACUUAGCUAAAAGAUGACCUCGGGAACAUCGCUGGAACCUGACACAACUUAGCUAAAAGAUGACCGCGCUAACUUCGCUGGAACCUAACACAACUUAGCUAAAAGAUGACCUCGGGAACAUCGCUGGAACCUGACACAACUUAGCUAAAAGAUGACCGCGCUAACUUCGCUGGAACCUAACACAACUUAGCUAAAAGAUGACCUCGGGAACAUCGCUGGAACCUGACACAACUUAGCUAAAAGAUGACCUCGGGAACUUCGCUGGAACCUGACACAAUUUAGCUAACAGAUGGCACCUAUAACUUUGUGGGAACCUCUCACAAUUUAGGAAAAAGAUGUCAAAUGAAACUUCGCUGGAAGCUGUCGUAAUUUGGCUAAUAUGACAAUUAAACUUCCACCGCGCUUACUACUGCACCACGGAGGCCGUCAAAGACAUAUUAAGAAAAAUAAAGAAUAUUUGCCAUAUCUUUUAAAUAUGACCAAUAUUCCCCUCCAACUAGUCGACAAAGACUGUGCUAGGAGUGGGUACGACAAUAGACCAACGGGGCGGAGAUCGAACACCACCCCUCGGUAAUAAGUCCGACCGUUCUUACCACUGAGCUAGAGGCCCUGUAUUAUGUAUGUACUUAAAUAAACUCUCUAAAUAUACUAUUUCUUUAUAAAUAAACUAUUCGAUGUACUUUGUAUUUAUAUAUAGAAGUCAUUUUAAUUCAAUAAAACAAAUUAAAACAAU